AAAAAUUCACACUUGAAAAAGGCCAUCAAACCCUCCUCCACUCUUUCUCCCUCGCACACCAAAUUCUCAUCAGGCGGAGCUUCCAAACUCCCUCCAUUCACCAACCCCCCUUUUAAUUUCAGAUCCCAAAUUAUUCAUUUCAAAAAAAAAAAAAAAAAAAUGCAGAUCACAUCAUUCAAUUUAUCAAAUUCAAUUUCACAAAUUAAUCUAAAAAAACCACACAGAUUAUCAUCAUCAUCAUCAUCAAAUCUUCUUCCAUCACUUUCAAAACAAUCACUUAAUUUCAGGUCUUUUGGCGGCAGUAAUGUAUCUAGACUUCCUUUAGUAUCAUGUUCACUCAAUAACAAGUUAGGUGACUGGAUAUCAUCGCCUCCGAUUAAAGCGGAGCGUGAUGGUUUCGAGGUGAAAGCGGCGUCGGUUGGUGACAGUGCUGAUGGCGGUGCUGGUGACGUGGCGGCGGUUGAAGUGAAGUCGAAGCUGGCCGAGACUUUAGUGCUUGGAUCCUUGUUUGGACUUUGGUAUUUGUUUAAUAUCUACUUCAAUAUCUAUAACAAGCAGGUAUUGAAAGUCUUCCCAAAUCCAAUUACUGUCACUACAGUUCAGUUUGCUGUUGGGACUGUGAUUGUUUUCUUGAUGUGGACGUUAAAUCUUCAUAAACGACCUAAGAUUAGUGGAGGACAGCUUCUAGCAAUCCUGCCAUUGGCUAUGGUGCACACACUAGGAAAUCUGUUCACAAACAUGAGUCUUGGAAAAGUUGCUGUUUCAUUUACCCACACAAUCAAAGCUAUGGAGCCGUUUUUCUCUGUUGUGCUGUCUGCUAUGUUUCUAGGAGAGAUGCCGACACCAUGGGUGGUUGCUUCCCUUUUACCCAUUGCUGGUGGAGUGGCUCUUGCAUCGAUGACUGAGGCCUCCUUUAACUGGGCUGGGUUUUAUGCUGCAAUGGCAUCUAAUGUGUCAAAUCAAUCGCGUAAUGUCCUCAGCAAGAAAUUUAUGGUUAAGAAAGAGGAAUCAUUGGAUAAUAUCACCCUCUUCUCAAUUAUAACAAUUAUGUCAUUUUUCUUGCUGGCCCCUGUUACUUUAUUAACUGAAGGAGUGAGGUUUACACCUGCAUAUCUCCAGUCUGCUGGAUUGAAUGUGAAACAAGUGUACAUUAGGUCUCUUCUUGCUGCAAUCUGCUUCCAUGCCUAUCAACAGGUUUCCUAUAUGAUUUUGCAAAGGGUAUCUCCAGUUACACACUCUGUUGGUAACUGUGUGAAACGUGUGGUGGUGAUCGUGACCUCUGUUUUGUUCUUCCGAACUCCUGUUACUCCAAUCAACGCCAUAGGUACCGGAGUGGCCCUUGCUGGAGUAUUCUUAUACUCACAGGUGAAGCGUCUAAAACCCAAGAAGGCAUAAUACUGCUUCAAAUUCUGUGCUUAAAAGGAGAUUUUGGGUAAUAGUUUGUGUAUUUUAGAUGACAUUCUAUCAUUUGCAUCGUUAGAUUGGUUACUUUUUUUGGGAUUUCAGUGCUAUGUUUUUCACAUUAUUUGCUCGAGUUCAAGUUAAUUGCAAGGAUAACAAAGCGCCAGUUAAAAAGCA